AUGAGAGCGCAACGGGCCGCCUCGUCUGGCAACGACAUUCCCCUGCGCACUCUGCAUCCACAACAGAACUCGGACGGCGACAUCUCCGCAACCGACUACCAGCAUCACACCAAUCAAUCCGACGUCGAGCCAGACCACAUGCUCCCCACUACCACCUCCGCCUCAUCUGAAGUCUUUCCUCCAGAGGGCGAGGUGGUGCACCACACCUACGCGAGCGGGCAUGUGGUGCGUGUGGUGUGUUUGUCGGACACGCAUUGGGAGCACCGCCGCAUUCGGGUGACCGACGGCGACAUCCUCAUCCACUGCGGCGACUUCUCCACGCGAGGCCCGCUGAGCCAGGUGGUCGAGUUCAACGAGUGGCUGGGCGUCCUGCCCCACCGGCACAAGAUCGUAAUCGCGGGCAACCACGAGAUGGCGCUGGACGAGCUCAAGCACAGCCCGGCGGAGAUCAAGGCCCUCUUCACCAACGCCACCUAUCUGCAGGACGACGAGAUCACCGUUGAAGGGAUUCGUAUCUAUGGGGCGCCCUGGAUUGCGCGCAACAAGUUCUUCCUGCUUCCCUCCCUGAAAUGGGCGCUCUCCACCGGUAUUGGGUCGAUGGGCCUCGGCUUCGCCAUGUCCAGCAAAAGCCCAAGGUUGUACGAAAAGUGGAACAACAUACCCGAGGGCGUUGACUUUCUUGUGACCCACAUGCCGCCCUAUCAGAUCCUCGACUCCUAUCUCCAGAAGAACAUGGGCUGUCCCUACCUUCAGGCGACCGUGCUCGAGCGAGUGAGGCCGGUCGUACACAUGUUUGGGCAUGUGCAUGAUUCGCGAGGGACGAUGGAACGGGACGGCAUUCGAUUCAUCAACGCCGCCAACGCCCUAGCGCCCAACCAGCCCUCGGUGUCGUUUGACUACGACGUCGAGGCCCGCCGGGUACUGGCCGUCUACGACGCGACCACCGACGUGGAGGCCGCUGCCAGCGCCGAGCAGCGGCCGCACCUGCCCCUCAAGCGGGUCGGCAGCGCGCCCCUUUCAUCGGCCUCGCGGAGACGGAGCACCAGCAGCACCAAGCGACCACACCACCUCGCCGCCUCCCACGACACUUGA